AAAAGAUGACAGUUGAUGAACAGUAUGAUCACUUUGCGGUAUUAUCAUCAAUGCUCCCAAAGAUAAUUCAUCAGGAAUACACUGAACAACAAGUGUCCAAGAAGUAUCAACACAAUCCUUCUGGUAAUAAGAAACGAAAGUUGAAAGAAAUUGUUAGUGAGAAAACUACAGCUGAAAGCCUUGAGGCAAAUGAUGAGGCAAGUAGCAAGGUAAAGAGCAAAAAAGCCAAAGUCAUGAGUGUUGAAAAAGUUCAGUCACUAGAUAUAUCAGAAUUAAAAGAAAGGCUGCAGACAAAGAUAAAGUUGGCUAAAGUUUCCAGAAAUUAUUCAGACUCAACUAAACUGAAAAGGAGAAAAGCAAAUCGAUUGCUGAAAGCCACGGAAAAGAAGGGCCAAAAGAAAACAUUUGAGAAAGCAGUCAGGUUGGAAACUUCCAUUCUUGAUGAUGACAAGAAAAAGACUAAGAGACCGUCAACAGAUUUAGCUGUCACUACAAAUAUACAGUUCAGUAAAUUUGAAACUAAAACAAAAGGUGAAGUUGAUCUGCAGUCGGCAAAGAAAGGAAAUAAGAAAAAGAAUCUUGUCAAGAUGUUAGAUGAGGCUAAAAAGAAAAAGAAAGAGGUUUCCAAAUUACAAAAAUCAACUGAUGUGAAAUCUGUAUCAUUGCUACAAGAUAAAGCCUGGUCCAAGGCGAUUGCUAUGGCUAAAGGUGAAAAGCAGAAGGACAAUCCAGAGCUAAUUGCCAAAACUAUCAAGCGCAAAGAACAUUCCAAGAAAAAAUCCAAUAAGGAAUGGGAUGUAAGAACAGGGGGACAGAAGAAACUUCAAAAGGAUAAGCAGAAAAAGAGACAAGCCAAUAUUGAGAAACGUAUCAAGGGUGGUGCAAAGGGUAAAAAACAGAAAAAGUGAGACUAUGGGAUUUUAAAAUUGUUUAAGUUAUUAAUUUUAGAGGUUGAGAAGUUUGAGGUUUUUCUGCAUCAAUAAUAUCAUUUUUAAGAGAUGUGCCUUUUCCAAAAUAUAUUGAAUGACUAAUUUCUCAUAAUUUUUACAGUGUCAUUGUAAUGUGCCUUACUAACAAGGUCAUUGAUCUACUCUUAUUAAAUUUGAAAAGAUAUUAGACUGAGUGAAAAUUCUGUCAAAGUUGUUA